CAAGGGCGGUUAUCCAUACAUUACAAGAACCAUAGAGAUUUCUAUAUGUUCUCUAGGAAGGUUUUUUAUUUCCUUGCAAGAUCUCGUCAGCAGUGCUGAUUGAAGAUUUGUGAGCGCUGUUUCCGGUUUCAGGCCCCCGAUCGAGAGAGAGAGAGAGAGGGAGGGCGAGUUUCAGUUUCAACGCAAACAGAGGGACGAGGGUCUGCAACAAUGGAGUGAAAUUAAACCUUUAAAUGAGAAAAAAAUACAUAUCCAGCGAGGGGGCCGCCAGCCAGCCGCAUGCAAGUCGCCGUGUGUUCUCGUCUGAUUGUUUCAGAGAAUUCACCACCUUUUUAAUUUGUUGUUAUUUUUCAAAUUUCGGCAUUUUGUUGUUGUAAAUAAAAACAGAAUCGCACAGGAAGCAGAAGGAAGGUAUCUCGAUCGCGGUUAUAUCUUGUUUUUAUAUGCAUUUUUUUUAAGGCGUAACAAACUUGCAGAACUGCUCCUGCUGUGUACACAAAAUCUUUAGAUUUUUUUUUUUUUUUAAACACAUAAUCGUUACGGUGUUUGCGCCAGUUACCUACGAUCACAUUAAAACCAGUGCAGCGAAAAACAAAAUAGCUAUUAGUGCUGUAGUUGUGCACAGCUUAAUUUUAUAGGCUAUUCGUAUUUAACAAUUCUGGGGUUGAAUGUUCAAACAGUAUCUCCUGUCUUCCUGUCUGCAAUAUUAGGAGUGCAGUAUUUGCUUCUGGCCUAUCCGCUACAGCGCCGUUUUGUGAGUGGGUAGUGCACAGAAAUAUACACACUUUAUUAUUCUUCUUGUCGCUUUAAAUACUACUAAUAAAUCAAAUAAUAAUAAAGCAGUUGCCUUUUUAAAUAUAUAUGUAUUUUCAUUAUUUAUUUUUGAAAUAAAAAAAGCAAUAACGCCUCGCUAAAUGUAAACAAGAUAGCUAGAUUUCUAAUUUAAAGAUUUCAAUCUGUGAUUUGGUUUCAGAGUUUCAGUAUUCGCUUGUAGUAGUAAUUGUCGUUAGUUGAAACACGAUGAAGGGGCAUAGGACUGACGCUUUAUAGACCUCUUUUUUUUUUUUUUUGUUUAGUAGCAUUUUCAAUAUUUCAAUUCGUGUAUUGUAGACGUCAGCACCCACAGUGCUGGUUUGUUACCGGGACUCCGAUGAGGGAGUACAAAGUUGUGGUGCUGGGGAGCGGAGGGGUGGGCAAGUCGGCGCUCACGGUGCAGUUCGUGACUGGCACGUUUAUCGAGAAGUAUGACCCGACCAUCGAAGAUUUCUAUCGGAAAGAGAUCGAGGUGGACUCCUCGCCCUCGGUCCUGGAGAUCCUAGACACGGCGGGGACAGAGCAGUUCGCCUCUAUGCGGGACCUGUACAUCAAGAAUGGCCAGGGGUUCAUACUGGUGUACAGCCUUGUCAACCAGCAAUCCUUCCAGGACAUCCGGCCCAUGAGGGACCAGAUCGUGCGAGUGAAGCGCUACGAGAAGGUGCCGCUGAUCCUGGUGGGGAACAAGGUGGACCUGGAGAGUGAGCGCGAGGUGUCGGGGGCGGACGGGCGCGCCCUGGCCCAGGAGUGGGGCUGCCCCUUCAUGGAGACCUCUGCCAAGAGCAAGACCAUGGUGGAUGAACUGUUUGCUGAGAUUGUGCGGCAGAUGAACUACGCCUCGCUGCCCGAGAAGCAGGACCAGUGCUGCACCACCUGUGUCGUCCAGUGAGGGCCCAGCAGGGAGGACCUGGAACCGUGGCCACACCAAAAACAGAUACGUUAUCUCGGAGGAAACCUCGCACAGCCGCUGCAUUGAAGACCUUAACUAGCCCAUCAGGUGCAGAUCUGAGCCUUGAACCCCGAUCUGUGUGCCGGGGCCCGUGCUUGCCAACAAACAAGCCAAUUGGGUGAGCCGCUCCAGCGGGCUGCUUCAUACUACAGAGCACACGUACUGGCUGUUUUUAAUUUUUUUUCUGUCUACCUUUAAAUAGUUUUAAUAUAAUAUCGUAAUUCAAAGAAAGAAAGAAAAUCGAAGUGUGUUCUGGUAUGGAGGGGCGUUUUCCAAGGAGGUGCUAGAACAACAUCUCUGCUUUCUUUUGUUCUUUCUACCCUUCACUCGUUUUUUUUUUUCUUUUACACUGUUAUUCUUCCAGAGUUAACAAUAUUAGUAUGCAAGAGUCCCCCUUUUUAUAUCCCUUCCCUCAAUUUAAUAAAUGCUUUUUUUUUUCAUUUAAAAAGUGUUUGUUUAAUUCAAUACAGUAUUAGAUACUCCUUGCCUUGUUCUUUUUCUUUGUCUGCACAAUGUUUUAAUGAACAGUGAAUUGAGCCUUAAAGAUUCAUUGGAGUAUCUUUGUAUAUUUGACCUUGUCACUUCUGCAUCGUUUGGAUUCACGAGGCAGCCCAUCCUUGCUAGUAACAGGACUGUUCUCUUGCUGUGCUUCCCUUUGCACGUGUUGCACCUGAUCCUCCAGCAUUCACAAUACUGUUGCAUCCAAAUAUUUCAGCAGCAAGUUCAUAACCUGGCUAGAAAUGUGCACUAGCCGUGCUGCACCCAGUCCUGGGUUUCAGAACUGCCUUAUUGAAAUGAUCAGGAGCCAGCAGUUUGGUGGUUCAAAUAAACUGUUCCUCCCUUACUGCAUGAACAACUUGCGUUCGUGAACCUACAGACUCAGGGGUGACUGACUGUGCUUCCACAUUGCACUGAAGCAAACAAACCAAACUCAGUCCUUUUGCCCAAACGGACCAAGAUCACCUCUUGAGAAGAACUCUGUUCAGUUCCUUUCAAAGGAACUCUGAAAGGGACUGAGUUAUUUUGGAGCGUUCUCAUUUGCUUCCAAAAUGAACUGAACCGCACUCGCUUUGAAAUAACCAGCCCAAACGAACCAAGACUGACUGCACCCUUAUCCAUGCUGUGAUGAGAAUCGCUUAGUUCAGAGCAGAUUUACCAGCGCUCUGACCUGGUCAUUUAAAAAACAUAUCCCUUAACAAGAGAAGUUCUGAAACCCAGGGCUUGGCCGUGUCGUGGGAUCAUGUGCAAAUGAAACUGGUGUUAAUUAUUUUUAUUUACUUUUAAUAAUGAAAUCUCAAUAAAGUGUUUUUUUUUUCAUAUUGUUUUAUUUAUGUUUGUUUUAUUAUUCCAGUUAAUACUGCUGUUAUUUUUAAUGACUGCCCUGUCUCGCUGUGUUUCCAUGUUCUGAUCAUCUUCAGACACAGAAUCAUUCGGGAUUCUGAUCUGUAAAGUUUUCCUGCUGAUUGAUUUUUUUAUUUUUCAGUUAAAUCUACUACAAGCUUCCUAAUGAAAUCUCUGAAGCUCACGCUUUGCUGCUGGUGUUUUUCAUUUCGUUCACACAGAAGCUCAGCUUGAGUCUUUUCAAACCCGUCUCCCUUGAAUCAGUUUUGUGGGUGCGAGAGUGAACGGGCGGAGGGAUGUGAAAUCUGCCUGUAACUGUUGCUCAGAUCCUGGAGAAUACUUGUUAGGCUAGUAUAAAGUUUCUAAUAAAAUUUAAUUUUAUAGCCA